GUUUUAUCACCGGAGCUCCGUUAUCUGGGCUGAUGUUGUAAAUUGCGUCCGGACAGACGAAGGACGCUCUGUCUCUCCUUCGCGGGACUGAAGCCUCGGUCAUCAUGUACCAGAGCCUGGCCUUGUCCUCCAACCAGUCCCCGUACGCGCACGACACGGGCAACUACGUGCAUGCACCCGCCAGUUCCCCGGUGUACGUGCCCACCCCCCGCGUGCCCGCCAUGCUGCCCACGCUGCCGUACCUCCAGACGUGCGACUCCCCGCAGACGCACGGCCUGAGCGCGCACCACGGCUGGCCUCAGAGCUCCGGCGACAGCGGCGCUUUCACGCCGGGCAGCCCUCACCCUCCGCCCGGCUUCUCCUACUCCCACAGCCCGCCCAUGAGCUCAAGCACGGGCCGGGAGGCGACCUACCAAAGCCCGCUGGUGCUCGGGAACAGCUCGCGGCCGGAGCAGUACGGGAGCGCUCUGGUGCGGCAGGUCGGAGGCGCGUACUCGUCCCCGUACGCGUACAUGAGCCCGGAGAUGGCCUCGUCCUCCUGGGCCCCGGGGCCCUUCGAGAGCGGGGUCCUGGGUUUACAGAGCCGCCAGGGGCUGACCGCCCGCCGCUCCAGUCUGGACCCUGUGGAGGACCUGAGCUCUGAGGGCCGGGAGUGUGUGAACUGUGGCUCUGUGUCCACUCCUCUGUGGAGACGAGACGGGACCGGACACUAUCUGUGCAACGCCUGCGGUCUGUACCACAAGAUGAACGGCAUCAACCGGCCCCUCAUCAAACCACAGAAGAGACUGCAGUCUGGCUCUCGUCGUGCUGGCCUCUGCUGCACAAACUGUCACACGAGCACCACCACGCUCUGGAGACGCAACGCCGACGGAGAACCUGUGUGCAACGCCUGUGGGCUCUACAUGAAACUGCACGGAGUUCCCCGUCCUUUGGCUAUGAAGAAGGAGAGCAUCCAAACUCGCAAACGCAAACCCAAGAUGCCCAAGAACAAGCCAGGUACCACCACUACCCCAUCGGACUCCAGCUCGCCCAGGUCUCUGCCCACAUCCGAACACGCCUCCCCCAUCAAGCGUGACCCCGGGCUGGGCUCCUUGGCGUACCACACCCACAGCACUCAACAGACGUCCUCCCAGUUGGACAGCGCCCCUUCUGGCCACGUGGACAUAAAAUUUGAGGACUUCCCCUUCACCUCGGCGCCCAUGACCCCCCACAGCUCCUGGUGUCUGUCCCAGGCGUGA